CCCUCGGAGGGGCCCGACCCAGUGCGCAUGCUUGGGACUCCCUUCGUUCGCAACCGUGGCCGACUUGGCUCUGUCUCGUCCCUCUUCGGCGCUCCCGCAGUUCCCCGCGCUUCCCCGCCACAGCCGUGCUCCCGACCGCCGCGUGUGGCGGGUAAGCCGUCGCCGCGAACCCGCAGAGGGCAGAGAGAGGAUGGCCACCUCCGGCGUGGAGAAGAGUAGCAAGAAGAAAACCGAGAAGAAACUUGCGGCUCGCGAAGAAGCCAGGCUGCUGGCGGGGUUCAUGGGCGUCAUGAACAACAUGAGGAAACAGAGAACAUUAUGCGAUGUGAUCCUUAUGGUCCAGGAAAGAAAGAUACCUGCUCACCGUGUUGUCCUGGCUGCAGCCAGUCACUUUUUUAACUUAAUGUUCACAACUAACAUGCUUGAAUCUAAGUCCUUUGAAGUAGAACUCAAAGAUGCUGAACCUGAUAUUAUUGAACAACUGGUGGAAUUUGCUUACACUGCUAGAAUUUCUGUGAAUAGCAACAAUGUUCAGUCUUUGUUAGAUGCAGCAAAUCAGUACCAGAUUGAACCUGUGAAGAAAAUGUGUGUUGAUUUUUUGAAAGAACAAGUUGAUGCUUCAAAUUGUCUUGGCAUAAGUGUGCUUGCAGAAUGUCUGGACUGUCCUGAAUUGAAAGCAACAGCUGAUGACUUUAUUCAUCAGCAUUUCACUGAAGUUUACAAAACUGAUGAAUUUCUACAACUUGAUGUCAAGCGAGUGACACAUCUUCUCAGCCAGGACACCCUGACUGUGAGAGCAGAGGACCAGGUUUAUGACGCUGCCGUGAGGUGGUUGAAAUAUGAUGAACCUAACCGCCAGCCAUUCAUGGUUGAUAUCCUUGCUAAAGUCAGGUUUCCUCUUAUAUCGAAGAAUUUCCUAAGUAAAACAGUACAAGCUGAACCACUUAUUCAAGAUAAUCCUGAAUGCCUUAAAAUGGUGAUAAGUGGAAUGAGGUACCAUCUACUGUCUCCUGAGGAUAGAGAAGAACUUGCAGGUGGCACACGGCCUAGAAGAAAGAAACAUGAUUACCGCAUAGCUCUGUUUGGAGGCUCUCAACCACAGUCCUGUAGAUAUUUUAACCCAAAGGAUUACAGUUGGACAGACAUUCGCUGCCCCUUUGAAAAACGAAGAGAUGCAGCAUGUGUGUUUUGGGACAAUGUAGUAUACAUUUUGGGAGGUUCUCAGCUUUUCCCCAUAAAGCGAAUGGAUUGCUACAAUGUUGUAAAGGAUAGCUGGUAUUCCAAACUGGGCCCUCCAACACCUCGAGACAGCCUUGCUGCCUGUGCUGCAGAAGGCAAAAUUUAUACCUCUGGAGGUUCAGAAGUCGGAAACUCAGCCCUGUAUUUGUUUGAAUGCUAUGAUACAAGAACUGAGAGUUGGCACACGAAGCCCAGCAUGCUAACUCAGCGCUGCAGCCAUGGGAUGGUGGAGGCCAAUGGCCUCAUCUAUGUUUGUGGCGGAAGCUUAGGAAACAAUGUUUCUGGGAGAGUGCUUAGUUCCUGUGAAGUGUAUGAUCCUGCCACAGAAACAUGGACUGAGCUGUGUUCAAUGAUUGAGCCCAGGAAGAAUCAUGGGCUGGUGUUUGUGAAGGACAAGAUAUUUGCUGUUGGUGGUCAGAAUGGUUUAGGUGGUCUGGACAAUGUGGAAUAUUACGAUAUCAAGUUAAAUGAAUGGAAGAUGGUGUCGCCGAUGCCAUGGAGGGGCGUGACAGUGAAGUGUGCAGCAGUUGGCUCUGUCAUCUAUGUCCUGGCAGGUUUUCAGGGUGUAGGUAGAUUGGGGCACAUCCUUGAGUAUAAUACUGAAACAGACAAGUGGAUCGCCAACUCCAAAGUCCGGGCUUUCCCAGUCACAAGUUGUCUAAUUUGUGUCGUUGAUACUUGUGGAGCAAAUGAAGAGACCCUCGAAACAUGAACGAUGAAUGGACUCCCACUCAUCUGAAACUUAGAGAUAUGGCCAUCAGUGGUUUAUUCCAAGAGUUCAGUUAUGAAGUUCUGAUCUAGUAUUUUGAUAAAGUAAGAUUCCAAUAAGAUAACAGUUUAUAUUGUCUGGACCUCCUUACUUAGUUCAAAGACCAUAUUCUAUUUGGCCAUAUAACCAAGAACCUAUCAGCCAGAAAACAUGAAAAGUUACAAGCACUUCUUGAAAACAUGAAUUGCAAAUAUGUAACUGAUUGUGGCAGAGUGGGGCAUGCUCAUCAGAGAAGUAGCCUCAGCUUAGCUCUAGAUUCUAUUUUCAUAAUUGUGUAAAUGCUGUGUAGUUAGCUCUUUUGUUUCAGUUUGGUCAAGAACUAAGUAGUAGUAUGAAUUACAAUCUGAGAUUAUAAACUCUGAUAUAGUAACUGUAA